GUGCUCCUGUAUGUCCGCACGGCGUUGACCAUCCGUGCCGAAUCCCGUCGGCCCCGUCUGCAAACCUCGUGCCGAGUCGACCUGGCCGAAGGACCACUGCCGGGUGCUAAGACCGGCGUGUACUGUACCUAGCAAACUAGCGCACUGAGUCAGGGGCACAGGACAAAUCGGAGGUUGUACAACGACCUUGUAGCCCGAGUCGUGGUUCGCUCCACAUAACCACACCACAUGCGGCCACUUGAGACUGGUAGCUUGCCCGAAUAUUGCCCAUUGUUGUCCCUCCGGCCUGCGGCACGGCAGAAAGACCAAGCAUGUGUACCUACCGUACCUAUCUAAGUACCUACCUACUGAAGUCGGUAGGUAGCCGGCCACCUGGCAGGUACCUGGCCAAAUGGCAGCCCGGUGGGCUGCCGAGUCACUGCCCACACGUGUCCGCAUUGCGGAGGAUGGGUCGCAUCCAAAGAACCCUGGGAUUCUUGGAUACCACAUGCCCAGCAACAACGUAGAGAACGAGUGGUCUCUUGUUGGCAUACCUGUGUGCCUGCCGGCCGGGCUGUGAGUAGACACACACAUACACACAUGUGUAUAUAUAUGUGUGUAUAUUCAUCCGCCUAGGCCCACGGCUAGGUGAGUAGUGCCGUGCUUGUCAAGUCGCCAGAAUCGGCUGAUCAUUUACCCCUACCAAGGUCUCCUGUCUGUUCUAUUUCACAGUGCCCUCUGUCUUGUUUCUACUCUGGCAUAAUGACUCAACUCCAGCUUGACAACUCCAACGGGGCCAUUCAGCCUGGCAAAGUCAUCAAGGCAAAUGGCGCCCCAAAAUCCGCCGUGUUACACCGGCAUCUCCACCAUGAAUUUCUCACUAUUGCGCGGGGCGACGGCCAUUAUCUCGUUCUAGAAGACGGGCGGAGGAUCUUUGACGCCUCAGGCGGCGCAGCUGUAGCGUGUGUCGGUCAUGGAAAUGUUGCUGUUAAUCAGGCCAUGGUUGAUCAGAUCCAAAAGCUGAGUUACUGUGCCUCGACGUUCUUCGUAACACCCAUUGUUGAGCAGGCUGGACGGGCUAUGAUCGACACAACCGACGGGCAAAUGACGAGGGCGUACAUUGUCGGCUCGGGUUCAGAAGCCAUGGAAGCAGCAAUGAAACUGGCCCGGCAAUAUUUCCUGGAGAAGGAGACUCCUGAGCCAGCUAGAGCCCGAUUCAUCUCUAGGCAUCAGUCGUAUCACGGGACAACGCUCGGGUCUCUUGCAAUGGGCGGCCAUGUUGCUCGUCGGGCUAAAUUUGAGCCCAUGCUCACAGACAUAAUCUCCAGGGUGUCGCCAUGCUACGCGUAUCGCGGGAAGGAGGAAGGCGAGACAGAUGAGUCGUAUGUGAACAGGCUUGCCCUGGAGCUUGACCAAGAAUUCCAAAGAGUCGGUCCCGAGACAGUCUGUGCUUUCGUUGCGGAGCCAGUUGUCGGUGCUGCAUUGGGAUGUGUCCCAUCUGUUCCGGGCUACUUCAAGGCCAUCAAGGAAGUGUGCCGCAAGUACGGCGCUCUGCUCAUCUUGGAUGAGGUCAUGUCAGGUAUGGGCCGGACUGGCUCGCAUCAUGCUUGGCAGCAAGAGGGCAUUGUGCCGGAUAUCCAGACAGUCGGCAAAGGCCUUGGUGGUGGUUACCAACCUGUGGCCGGAGUUCUCAUCCACAAGAAUAUCGCCGACACACUUGAGAAUGGCAGCGCAGCAUUUGUCCAUGGCCACACGUACCAGGCUCACGUCGUGGGCUGUGCAGCAAUAGUUGCGGUACAGCGGAUCAUCCGAGAAGGCAAUCUAGUUGCCAACGUCCGUGCUAUGGGUGACCUUCUCGGGAAAUCACUGCAGGCACGCCUGGGUUCCCACAAACACGUGGGCAACAUCAGAGGGCGAGGGCUAUUCUGGGCGGUCGAGUUUGUUCAGGACAGAGCAACCAAGGUACCAUUCCCAGCCAAGGACGGGGUGGCUAUGGGGAUUAGUGAGCUCGGAUUGACAGAGCCAUACUGCAUGAUGGUGUACCCUGGUGCAGGAACCGUGGAUGGAGUCAACGGUGACCACAUUAUAAUCGCUCCGCCGUACACUGUGACACCUGAGGACGUUGAAUUCAUUGUGCUUGGUGUCUCGAGACUUGUAGAGGACUAUUUCCUUCGACGGAACGUCACCAUCUGAGAUUCUAGCGGGCUUGGGCCCAUGGGAAAACACGAGGCACAAUGUAUCACGAGAUGAAAUAGAAAAGGAUUCCACUCCUACAA